CACUCCAGAUAUAAGCCAAUUUAGUAUUUUGAAGGUCAUGAUAACUAUUCAAUGUGAGUAAGUUUUUAAAGUUCACACAAAAACCAACUCCUCAUAAAAACUAGGUUAAACCUAGUAAAGAAUAAUUAUAAACAUGUUUACCAGGCAGAACAUUUUAUUGAUUUCAACUUUGCAACCAUUCUACAUUAUAUACAAUAUAGAGCUCUCCACUCUUAGCCAGCUAGCAUGUUAUAAAUAUAUACGCCUUUAAUAGCAGUGUACAUUUGAUGUUCAGGGAAGAUGCAGAUAACUUUGAGAGAAAAAUAAGAUAGGAAGCAGAUGCAUUUAUACAGAUUUCUGAGCCACUGCUCAGAAAUCAAUAUAGCAGCUUGUGUACAAAAACUAGAUCAAUACAAAAUCUACUGUAAAUGUAUAUUGGGUUUGAUCCAAGGACAACACAGUACACAUGAGGACAUUGUACAAGAUUAUGUAGAGGUCAAGGUCACAGUAACACUACCAUAGACAUGCAUUGAAAAUGUGAAGUUCAGUGUAUGAGAUGGAUGUACUUAAAACACUUAAAAGUGAUAUCAAAGUUAACACACAUAUAAAUGGCACAAUAAAAGUGUCUGAAAAACAGUCGUAUGGAUUAAUAAGACUUAACAAAUACAAAAUAUUGAGCUGUAGUGCAUUUAGUCUGCUCUUCGAGAACACUGUUAUUGGCAUUAUAUCAUAAUUGAGAGAACCAGAGAGAAAACAUGGUGGGAUACCAUCCGUUGAAAUACGAACUUUCAAAAUUUGACCAUGCAUUAGCAGGAGGUGUAAGUGGUAUUGUUACUCGCUCUCUGACGCAACCAUUAGAUGUCAUCAAAAUAAGAUUUCAACUUCAAACAGAACCAAUAGCUAAAACCCCCACAUCGAAAUAUAAAGGUUUGAGACAAUCAUUUAGGAAGAUCAUCAGGGAGGAAGGCUUUUGGUCUCUAUGGAAGGGACAUGUAGCUGUUCAAUCUUUUUCCCUGAUCUAUGGACCGAUUGCUUUUGCUUCGUUUGAAUUUCUAACCAGACAAGCAUGGCAUUAUUUACCUCAGAAGAUGUCUAAAGAAUACCGCCCAGUCACUCACUUCCUGUGUGGCAGUAUGUCAGGAUGUAUCGCCAGUGUAGCUUGUCAACCAUUUGAUGUCAUAAGAACAAGACUCGUUGCUCAAGGAGAACCCAAAAUCUACAAUGGAAUUAUACAUGCUGCAAGAUGCAUGCUAGCUGAAGGGACUUUAACCUUCUUUAAGGGUAUGGUUCCUACCCUAGUCCAGGCAGCUCCUUAUGCAGGGUUACAGUUUGGAUUUUACUCACUCUUUAAGAACAUUUGGAACAUGGCGGAGCAUUAUGCGGAAGAGCAUGGCCACCAUCAUACACGUUACGCAGGAAUGUUAGAGAGUCUUGUUUGUGGUUCUGCAGCGGGAAUAGUUGGUAAAGGUGCCGUCUAUCCUCUCGAUGUUGUCAAAAAGAGACUCCAGAUCCAAGGGUUUGAAGAAGCGAGGGUAUCUUUCGGCAGAGUGAAACGUUACAAUGGACUUAUACAUUGUGUUCUAUGCAUCGUCAAGGAUGAGGGUGUGAUAGGACUAUAUAAAGGACUAGGUCCUAGUCUAUUAAAAGCUGCUGCUGUAACAGGUCUAUCCUUCUUCGUCUAUGAACAAUGUUGUAGUUUAAUAGUUGAGCUGAAAUCAGGCUCUGACACUGAUUGAUGUAACUGAGUUACAUUGAAUCAAAGUAAUAGUUGAGCUGAAAUCAGGCUCUGAGACUGAUUGAUGCAACUGAGUUACACUGAAUCAAAGAAGUGAUUCACCCUUCUAUGCAAAUACAAAGGAUCUGAUAAAGUGGUGUGAUUUUCAAAAUCAAGGCCAACUUUUAUAUCUGUAGAAUCAUUCAGUAAUUGGAGAUAGGCCGAUGGAGAGUACUUGAUUUGAAAACUCCACUCUCCAGGUGUUUAUAAGUUCAUUGACCCGUAACAUUUAAACAUCAGAGAAUAAAGCGAUGGUGUCCAAAUGCUAAAUUAGUUUUGGAAAAUGAAGCUUAUUUCAUUUUGAGUUAAAUCAUCCCACCAAGCUGAAAAGUAUUUAACAUGAUAAUAUUCAAUUGCCUUUCACUUAAUUUUAAAAA